AUGGCAGUUUCUCAGGAAAUGCGCUCCUGGGUUAAGAACACAGAAAAUUCUUCUACAACUGGAAUUGUUACUGAAGAUACCACUGUAACUGAAGAUUUUGGGGCAACCUUGCAAGCUACCAUCACUGAUCAUCAGUUUUGCGAAGGAGUUCGAUGCAAAGCUGUGGAAAUUACAGCAGCUGAAUGGGACAUCAAAGAAGAGAAGAGAAAGAAGGGCCUGUCAAGUGGCCGCACGGAAAUUGUAGCAACAGAUGAAGAAGAUAUACCUGUUGCAAGGAUGCUUCUAUAUGGUGGCAUCUAUGGAAACCCAAAGAAAAAGGACAGUAAAAAUGGGAACUUAAGGCUACUGUAUGAAUGCGCACCUAUGAGUUAUAUUGUGGAACAAGCUGGUGGAAAGCAACAGAUGAUACACCAACGCACACCGAUUUUCUUUGGAAAUUCAGAUGAAGUGGACAAACUUCUUCAGUAUCUUGCUUGA